UUAAUUCCUCGGACUUGGUAACACUGGCAAGAGCACUAGGCCUGCGCGAAGCGCUUGGAAAAUGGCCUAAACGCAGGACAUAGAACAAAGAUCGCGGCUCAGAGGAUCAACUGGUGAACUACCUGCCGGAGCUAACGUAAAACCGGGCUCUUCUCGGAACUCCUGCUACCUGCCCAAGGGCCAGAACGGAUACAUUCGAAGCCAUGACGCUGAACGAGAGCGACGCCACCCGCUUGGAGCUAACGCGCAACUUCCUGGAGCUAUCGCGCAAUGCUGAGACCUGCACUGCCCUCCGCAGCUCCGACUGCAUCCAGCUGCUGGUGCAGAUCCUGCACGCUAACGACGAGGGACUGGUCACGGCGCGAAAGUACGCCAGCCAGGCGCUGCACAACAUCGUCCACAGCCAUCCGGAGGAGAAGGAGCGCCAGCGGGAGGUGAAGAUUCUGCGCCUUCUGGACCAGAUUUUGGACUACUGCAACUUCCUGCGCACCCAACUGCAGAGCGGGGGCGAGGCGAUCGCCGACGAUGAGGAUCGGCAUCCCCUGGCGGCCAUGAAGCUGCUAAUGAAGGCCAGCUUCGACGAGGAGCACCGCCAGACGAUGUGCGAGCUGGGCGCCCUUAAAGCGAUUCCCAACCUUGUGCACCUUGACCACGCGGUCCACGGCCCGGCAGCGGGACGGGAACAGUGCAACGCCUUGAGGAGCUACGGCCUGAUGGCCCUGACGAAUCUCACGUUCGGAGACGAGAACGUCCACAACAAGUCGUACCUGUGCGGCCAGCGCCAGUUCAUGGAAGUGGUCAUUGCCCAGCUAAACACGGCUCCGGACGAACUGCUGCAGGUCCUUGCUGGAGUGCUGCGCAAUCUCUCGUGGCGCGCGGACAAGCAUAUGAAAACCAUCUUCAAUGAGCUGGGCACGGUGACGUCCUUGGCCCGAGCGGCCAUGCAGAACAAGAGCGAGAAUACUCUGAAGGCCAUACUCUCCGCCCUGUGGAAUCUCUCCGCACACUGCAGCACCAACAAAGCCGAAUUCUGUGCGGUGGAUGGGGCGUUGGCCUUUCUGGUCGGAAUGCUGAGCUACGAGGGGCCGAGCAAGACUCUCAAGAUCAUCGAAAACGCUGGUGGCAUUCUGCGGAACGUUUCCAGUCACAUUGCUGUGUGUGAGCCCUACCGCCAGAUCCUGCGACGUCACAAUUGUCUGGCCAUCCUCCUGCAACAGCUAAAGUCCGAGUGCCUGACUGUGGUCAGCAACUCGUGCGGCACCCUGUGGAACCUCUCAGCCCGCUGUCCCGAAGAUCAGCAGUUCCUCAUCGACCACAACGCCAUUCCACUGCUGCGCGCUCUGAUCAGCUCAAAGAACUCAAUGAUCGCCGAGGGAAGCGCUUCGGCCCUUAAGAAUCUGGUCAACUUUAGGGCCACCAUGGAGCUGAUGCCCAACGGUGACGGCGGAUCGUUGCCGCUGGACAAGGAGUCUGGCCACGCAGGAACUCUGCCCCGUCGGUACAGCUCACUCCGACUGAGCUCAAAUCCUACAGGAUCACUGAAGAAGGUACGACCUUCCACGGUGAGCGCAACUGGAGGUUUCCUCGCUAGGAAGUGCGAGAGCCGCGAGUCCAUUUACUCGGGAAAAUCGGACUCUACAAAAUACUCGACCAAGUCGGAGGGUGCCAAGAAUCCGUUCGAAAUAGUCACGCCCACCGAGGAGCAGCCCAUUGAUUACUCCAUGAAAUAUAUGGAACAUAAACCCAAUAGCUCCAAGACCUUCGAGAUUGACUUGGACCAGCCCACAGACUUUAGUGCCAGAUAUAAGGAGAGGCGAUCAGUGCAGUCGUCGGCGCAGCCAGAGCUAAAGGUGGAGGCCAACAAAGCUACCAGCAAUGCCCUGCCACUGGCCAAGUCAUCCUCGGCCUCGAAGCUGCCCAAUGAAGCAGGUCACUUGCCGGUUUCAGCAGCGAAGCAGAAACUAACGACCGAAGGCGAGACGGAAACUGGGGAGCGGGAGCGUCCGAUUAACUACUGUGAGGAGGGCACGCCUGGGAGCUUCAGUCGCUUUGACUCCCUCAACAGUCUGUCCGAGAAGCCGGAGAAGUCAGUGCCCCCCAAAACACCCACGAAACAACCCAUUGUCCAGCCUCAGAUCAUCGACUCUGCGCUGGAAACUCCCUUGAUGUUCUCGCGGCGCAGCUCGAUGGACUCCCUGGUGGGCGACGACGAAACCAUUGCCUGCGAGGACAACGGCUCCGUGAUCAGCGAAUACAGCCGGAUGCAAAGUGGCGUCAUAUCGCCAUCGGAGCUACCCGACUCGCCCACCCAGAGCAUGCCUCAGUCUCCCAAACGAGACCGAAAGAUGCCGGAUCCUGCACAGCUGAGCACGCAGACGCCUGUCCGCCAGCCGCCUGGCAAUGUUUUCGAGGAUAAGCUUAGCCGGUUCCACGAGGAGCACACGCCUGCUAACUUCUCCUGUGCCACCAGCCUGAGUAACCUGAGCAUGCUGGACGACUCCAAUGCGAACGCAAAUCGAGGACCGCGUGUCAAUGACAUCAAUGGCAAUGCGGAUGCUCCUCGAAGCUAUUGCACGGAAGACACGCCGGCGGUGCUCUCCAAGGCACCCAGCAACAGUGAUCUUUCCAUUCUGUCGAUACCCAAUGACAUUAACGCCAACGAGGACGAGUCUGUGUCCACGAAAAAGCCAAUUGUCUUAGGAAUUGACACCCGGACACCGGCGGAGGAUGCGAUUUCCAAAAUGCGUUGCGGCGGAAGUGCCUUGCCCAGUUAUCUGCCAGUGUCGGAUGAAAUGAGCAAGUAUUAUGUGGAGGACAGUCCAUGCACCUUUUCGGUCAUCUCCGGACUAUCUCAUCUCACCGUAGGCUCCGCCAAAGCGGGCCCUGUUUCAAGUCUUCCCAUGAGAGCUUCGGAAGAGGCGCCCAAGCUACCGCCCAGACGCAGUGCCAUUCCUGGGGAAGUUGAGCCUCGCCUGCCGCCGAAAAGAAGCGAUUCGUUGAGCUCACUGUCCAUGGACUCGGACGAUGAUGAUAGCAAUCUACUAAGCCAGGCCAUUGCGGCGGGCAGCUGCCGACCCCAACCCAGUGGAGCCAGCACCAGUUCCAGCUUGGCCAACACCAGCACCAGCACUCUGACCAGGACAACAAAUGGCCUAAAGAAGCAGCAGCAGCCGCCGCCGGAGGAGAAUGGUGACAAGCCGAGCUACAGCUCGGAUGAUUCGCUGGACGACGAUGACGACGAUGCACGAUCAAAGUCCCUGUUCGAGCAGUGCAUCCUGAGUGGCAUGCACAAGUCCAACGAUGCGCUGGAGUCGGAGAGCUGCGAGCCAUCGGAACAGCAGCGACAGGGGACGAGCGCCCGGGAUCGGUUUGUCAGCAACCAGGUGCGUCAGAUCGAGUCCAUGCUGGCUGGGCGCCAGCACUAACGGUGAAUACGAGUGGCCUGGUUAAGUGAGAAGCGCAUGCGAUUGUUUGGUGGCUUUUUAAUCUUGUCUAUGCAAUAAUAUUCUCACGGUCUCAAUUUUCCUAUAGUUCAGAUUAAAAAUUUGCGCUUAA